AAUAAUAACAGACGCGACGAAGAGAAUGUUCAGAGAUUUUCUGUAUUCAAAUCAUCUAAAUUGAAUGGGGUUGAUAUCUUAACAUUAAACAUUAUUUUCUUUUAUAUUUAUAGAUUCGGUUCAGUAUAUAUAUAAAGACAUAGCCCAGACUACUCUCAUAGAUCAAUAUCUACAACAUCUCUUUGAAUAUCAUAUUGAAGAGAUGGCAAAGAUGUCACCGUUUUCGACGCUCAUUGUUAUCCUCGUAUCUUCCAUCAUGAUUCACCACCUUCCAUUGGCGAGCUCCACACAAUGGUGCGUGGCCUCUCCGACGUCGAAAGAGAAACAGCUAGAAGAAAAUCUCGGGUUUGCAUGCGCUAAUGGAGUUGACUGCAGACCAAUCCUAGAAGGCGGAGCCUGUUACAACCCCAAUACUCCAUUAGGCCAUGCGUCUUACGUGAUGAACGCAUAUUACGCAACCCAUGACCGCACCGACUACGCGUGCAAGUUCUUUUUCCCAAACAGUGCCAUGUUGACUACUACAAACCCUAGUUAUGGUAGUUGUGUCUAUGCUUAAGUAUUUUCGUUGGUUUUCGAUAUGUGAUCCACGGCAUACCUCAUAGCCUGAUAGGAUGUAUGGUUAUGGCAGAUCCAAUGUCGUUUUUCUUUUACCAAUUUUAUAGUUAUAAAAAUAAGUCCUCAUAAUGUUUCGUUUAAGUAAUUAAGUAUAACGAAAAUAUCGAAGGCAUGGCAUCGUUCGGUAUCUUUCAACCAUAUAGAUCGUUCGGUAUCUUUCAAAUUAAUAGACGAUGCCUAACUCAAGAUACUUUAUCCACUGCAAUUCGCUGGACCAACUUUUUCUUUUAAAAAUUUCGCUGGGCCAACUUGGUGUAAGCAUCAUAACCUUUCUUGACAAACCAAACCCUUUCAAUAAAAAAAAAAUGUCAAACCAAACGCGAUUGGAUACAAAAGACCGGAAUCAAUAUAUUCAUCAUCAGAAUCUGUAACUUGAUUGUUCAAAGAAACCAAAAUUUACCAACAUUUUUAAAAUGUGAGUGGGCUUGAUAAUAGCCUACAUCUUAGUAUCUCAGUAUCUCACAACCAAAAGAAGGCUACUUUUUUGAACAUGUAUGUUACUGAUGGAAGAGUUUCAACUUCUGUAGAACCAUCGCAGAGACCAAAUCCUUCUUCAGAAGAUCUACAUACAAAAUGCCUUCAAAAAAAAAAAAAUCGACAUACAAAGCCUUCAACUUUUUGUUUCAAACGAAAACAAAAUACAUCAAUCACCAGUGGAUGAAGCAGCUCUUUGGUAGGGGGGUCACAUGACCCAUGUCAAUUUUUAUAAACAUAAAAGUUUACUUGAAUUUUGGAAAGAAAACUGAGAAAUGUUACCAAUUGACCCAUGUAAUAUAUGUAUAUAUAUAUGAUGAAAUUGACUCCUCUAAAAUAUUUUCUUGGCUCCGCCAUUGUCAAUCACAGAGUUCGAGAACUUGUUAAAUCAUCAAAGCUAAGCCAAAAUAGAAGCUUACCUACAUCCAGCCAAUUAUCAACCAAAGUAAAGUACUCUUACCAUCCCAUACACUUCAAACUGGAUGAAAGGAUAAACUUUUUUGUUCUA